AUGGUAGGGGCCGUCGAAAACAUCCUCGAAGAGUCACAACAACCAUCGUCUCCAAGAUCAUCGAAUCAAAGACAAAAUCAAGAAAUAAAUCAAGCUGCUAUAAAUCGUAAACGAAUCUCUUUUAAUCAGCUGAAGCAUGCGGUAUCAUCUAAUCUACCAUGUUUUUUCAUUGAAUUCAAAUCUGAUGCGGAUCGUAAUAGUAUUCCAACAGCUCUUCAUGCUAGUGAUCUUAUACUUAAAGAACUUCGAUCGAAGGAGGUUUUAAUCAACAGAUUUACAUUAGUAGGAUGGUCAGGAAAAAAACUAAAGUUAGGCGUUAAUAAUAAAGAAGAUUACGCCAUUCUAGUUGGUUCGGAUAAAUGGCCGACAAAGAUAAAUGGAAUUGAUAUUGUCGUCGAGAAACCAAAAUAUAUACUUGAUUCAUUUGCUCUCGUCGUUCGGUAUGUCCCUAGAGAACUAGAUGAAAAUUUUGUUUCAAGUGAAAUACAACGAAUAAUUGCCUCAGCUGGUAGAAUUCAACGUAUUCAUUAUCCCUAUCAAAGAAGAACAGAUGAUUAUCGGUUCGAUGUAAAAGAUUAUAGUGAAUAUAAUGCUGUGUUGCAAUUAGGUCGAAUUGCAAUAGGUCAUUCAUGGUUAUCGAUCACCAAGUUUUAUCCUGGUAACCGCUUAACAUACUGUACAAAUUGCUGGCGUAUAGGUCAUUUAAGAAACAAAUGUAAUAUAGAAAGCAAAUAUCGAAUUUGUCUUGAGCAUCUGAGUGUCGAUUCACCGCGCAUGUGUAAAAAUGAACCAAACUGUGCUCAAUGUGAUGGAAAUCAUCACUCAUUAGAUAGUCAAUGUCAAGUUUUAAAAGAAUAUAAAUACCAAUUACAAGAAGAUGUUGAAGAUGCGAUACAAAAAGGAUUGUUACAGCGAUUCCAUCCCCAAGAAAAAUCGCCUACAUUCGAACUUAGUGAUCAAGAUUUUCCACCAUUAGCAGCAAAUGAUAAUCAUUCUAAUACAAAAUGGAAUGUUGCUCAACCACGUACAACCGCCGAGUCGAAUUUAUUACGCUCAUCAGAUACAGAUAAAACAAUUGAAUCCAUCAAUGAUAAUUUGACGAAGAUUAUCGAUAGUAACAAACGGCUAGAAAAUAAAGUUGAUCUGUUAUCAUCAAGCAUGAAAAUCGUUACGCUCGACACCCAGCUACAUCAAGCAAUCUUAGCAAAUACCAUCAACAUUAUGAAAGACUUUAUUCAAUAUUUUAUGUCAGCAUCUUUAACUACUGGCAAAAUUGAAAGAUUAUCGUUGGUACCCGUUGCACACGGAUACUAUAAUCGCCUUCAUGUUACGUCUUCAAGAUUGAUAAAUGGCUUUCAAUUAAAUCAACAAGUUCAGCAGAUUCCAAAGUUACAUAAUCGUAGCAGUAUUCAAUCUGGUCAGCAGUCCGUAUCAGUAUAUAAAUCAACACAGAAUGCUAAAGAUGAAGCUAUGCAUCGACUGAAAACUUGGAAUUUUCCAACUAAAGAUCAGAAAUUAGUAUUAUCUCUGCUAGAUGAAUGGUACAUAGGUAGAACCUUGAAUACAGUCUUAGAAGAAUGGGAAAAGGUUGGAAUAGCCUCCUUACGAAACCAAAAAGAAUAUAUAAAGAUUUUAUGCUAUAAUGUCGAAGGAUGGGGCACUCGUGCAGUUGAAGCUAUUGACUUAGUGUAUAAAGUUCACGCUUCUAUUUGUAUAUUUACAGAAGUAGGAGAGUUAUGGAACACAUGUCGAUUACCACAUUUUAACAUGUUCUAUCAAAAGGGUACUAACAAGAAUGGAGGAGUAUGUAUAGCAGUAGGGAAGCAUCUGAAAGCGACGCGCAUCGAAGUUAACAUUCCGAACACGGUUAUUAUUGGCGUAACAGGACUAUCAGAACCAGUACGUAUCAUUGGUAUUUACUGGUCCACUAGCGAACAACGUGAUCUAGAUGAUAUUCAGCAGUAUGUAAUAGAAGGUACCAUACUAUCAGGUGACUUUAAUGCAACAGUGAAGGAAUUGAAUAGUCCAAUAACAGAUAGGAGAGGUGCGCACAUGAGAGAAUGGAUUAAUGAAAAUAAUCUCAAUUAUAUUACAUCAACGACCAACACGUCUAAGCGCUCCCUACUGAUCAUUGGCCGAUUUUGUUAUCAUGCGAGAACAUUUUUUUCUAUACAAACAGUUUUUUUUCCUCAUACAAAUUGGAAGGUAUUUGAAGCAGUAUUAGCGCUAUUACAAAUAUUCUGGAUGGAAGAACAAAAGAAAAAUAGUGCAGAUGAGUGGUAUAAGCAAUAUAUUCGUUUCAUCGCGGCUGUCAAAAACAGAGUGACUCAUUGGAAAGAGAGAGAUAAUUAUAAACCAUCGUUACCGACUUAUAUCAUCGAAAAAUUAAAAGAAAUACGAAAAGUGAGAAAUAGAUAUUAUCAUUUAAGACAUAAAGGAGUUUUUAGUGAAGAAACAAGGGUGCUUUUACGCACAAUGACAAGAGAAUCAAAAGUUGAUAUUGCAAAUCAUAAAAAUGCUCAAUGGCAAAUUUUUUUAUCUAACAUUCAAACGUCGUACGAAAAAUCAGAUAAAGCGCUUUAG